ACUAUAAAAUCACCCGUCACUGCGUAUGUUUCACUCAUCUAACAACGGAAACAGUUGCGAUACAAGAUGCGUUUUCUAAUUCUUUUGUGCCUUCUCUUCACUACAGCUACAUGUCAGGAAAUCAGUGUCUCGGCUUCAGCAGAAACUUUAGCCAACGAGAUUCUUGAUGGGAUCACACUCGACGACAUUGAACUUCCAGAAAUAAAUUUGCCAUCACAACCAAUCUCAGUCACCCAAAUUCCAAGUGUGCAACGCAUUCGACAACCUUCCAUUCGUCAGCCAAUCAUCAGACAACCAUGUAUUCGACAACCAUGUCAACCGUGCAUCCGCAAGCCUUGUAUCCGACAACCAUGUAUCCGACGACCAUGUCCACCAUGUGUUCGCAAGCCUUGUAUCCGACGACCAUGUCAGCCAUGUAUUCGACGACCAUGUCCACCAUGCAUUCGAAAGCCAUGUCAGCCAUGUAUCCGACGACCAUGUCCACCAUGCAUCCGCAAGCCCUGUAUUAGACGACCAUGCCAGCCAUGUAUCCGACGACCAUGUCCACCAUGCAUCCGUAAGCCUUGCAUUCGACAACCUUGUCAACCAUGCAUUCGAAAGCCAUGCCAACCAUGCAUAAGACGACCAUGCCAACCAUGUAUCCGACGACCAUGUCAACCAUGCAUACGACGACCAUGUCAACCAUGUGUCCGACAACCAUGUCAGCCAUGCAUUCGACGACCAUGUCAACCAUGCAUUCGACGACCAUGCCAACCAUGCAUUCGACGACCAUGUCUUCCAUUGAAACGUCCCUGCAUAACUCCAACUCCUACUAUUGAACCACCAAUAACAGAACCCGCACCUGAAGUUGAUGGCACAACCACAGCAUCUGCAACAGCUACUGUUACAACAGACGGUACAACAACUGUUACAGAGACCACAACUGACGGAAAUGCAGAAGCUGUUGCCGAAAUAGCGGAAGCACUUUCCGGAGCUGACGCGGCAGAUCUUCCUGACAUCGUUCAAGAUAUUGUAGCUGUCGCUGAGGAGGUGUAGGCACCAACUCCUCGAACACCAGCAACAGGAAUAGCCGGAGUUGCUGCUGAAACGAAAUCAAAUUUCGUCGUAGCAUAGAAGAUAGAAAAAAAUACUAGCGUCUCUUUGCAAUCUUACUUCUCUCCUAUCUAUUCUGACCUUAAACUAUAUAAAUAUUGGUUGAUAUUUAUGAUGUUGUACGUUUCUGUUGUUCUAACUUUUCUUUAACUAUCUUUCUUUUAGGUCUUAUAUGUUAAAAAGUUCACCAACUUUCUUUCAUUAACACAAACUUCUUCGACGCCAAUUCGAACUGUUGUUCUAUGAAAAUAAAAUAUCGGUUCAAUA